AUGCACGACAUCAUUCUGCUUCCCAUGAAUUUGGCAAGUGAGGUCAAAGGAUUGCCGCAUACCGACGCAAGCUGGAUCCAAGAGGUCGGAGACCGCUUUGCGGACAGAUGGACCAAGAUCAUCCCAAGACACGAAUUCCUCCAAGUCAUGAGGAACGACUUCACGAAGUUGAGCAAUUCUGCCAUCGGGACACUUAUCAAUGAAUGUGCACGCAUCAUGCCCGAGGUUGUUGGCGCCGCUCAGGACUGGACGGACGUCCAACUUCAGAAUUUGGGCGUCAGAAUCGUCAGCAAUAUGACUGGAUUGCUUGCUGCUGGCCCCAAAUUAGCCCACGAUUCCAGAUGGGGCGCACUUGCGUCAACUCACAUCUACAACGUGGCACGGACGGCCUGGAAGAUUUGGAUGAAACCUUGGUAUCUGAGACGUCCAUAUGGCCUAUUCGCUCCGGAGUUGAAGAAGCUGGAUCAAGAUAAACGCGAGAUGCGUGCCAUCUUGGAACCCAUUGUUAAUGAGCGGACAAACAAUCCAACGGGUACGAAACCCACAGACAUACUAGGAGCAAUUCUUGCGCAGAAACCAGCCACUGUGGGUGACUUGACGGACGACAUGCUUGCUCUAGUCGUCCUUGCCAUCCAUACCACCACCACGACGCUCACAGAUAUCCUGAUUCGCCUGGCCGCCCAUCCGCAGUACCAGGCUACAUUACUCGAGGAGAUUGAACAAGCACUUCGUGGUCGUAUGUUCGCAGAACUGACGGUAGCCGAUCUGAUAUCCCUUCAGAAGCUCGACUCUUUCAUCAAAGAAGGCCAGCGUCUGUCGCCUACCGUCGACCUGAGUCUGGUGAGACGAGUCAACCGCCCCGGUGGCAUUCCACUUUCGAAUGGCACACUCCUUCCCCAGGGGACCUUUAUCGGCACAUCAGGGGCCGGCAUCUUUCGCGACCCACGGGUCUUCCCGGAGCCUCAAGCAUUCGACGGCUUGCGCUUUUACAAGCUUCGCCAACAGCCCGGGCACGCGCACAAGCACCAGUUUGUAUCGCUCUCAGAUUAUGAUACGCAGUUUGGUGCCGGCAUACAGCCUUGCGCCGGUAGGAUGCUUGUCAGCAAUGAGAUCAAGAUCGUCAUGGCCUAUAUACUGUUGCACUACGAUAUCGAUGCCCAUUCUGAGUCGGAAGAGACCAUGACGAAUGUGGGAACCAAGCCCAAGGCCAGCAUGAGAGUUAGACGUAAAGCUGGAACGUCGUCAUAA